UCUCUAUCAUUAUCACUGAUUCACUGUUCAUUGAUUGAAGAAGAAACUAAGCUGGUGCCGCCAAUCGCACGGCGCCACACACGCUUCUUCAUCAGAUCUCAGCCGCUCGAUUCCAUCGCUGAUCGGUGGGCGGACCUUUCACGGCGAAUCAACUCGAACGCAGCUGGGUCUGAGGGGAAGACAAUUUCGGGGUUUUUUGAAUGAUAUGGAAUCGAGAGCAGUCGUCUGAGGCAGGUGUUCAGUUUUCUUGUUCUUCUUCUGAAUCGGAGUUUGAAUUUUGUUGUUUGGGUGGUGUCGCGAUAAACCCUAGUUUUCCUUGUCAGCCUAUUAUUGGGAACUUUUUUAACUCGAUCUUCUUUUACCGUUUGAUGAACUGGGAUUGACGGGGUUAAGGCUGAGCUCCAUGGAAUUUGAUCGAGGACUUAUUGAUUCUUGAGUAUUGUAUUCCGACUGGGUUAGGUUGAUUUGCGAGUACUAGGGUUUUCUGUACGGAUUAUCCGAUGCUUUUGAGCCUUCGACUAAUUUAAGGAUGUGUUGUGAGGGGAUUGUUCAUCUGGGACAGAGUUGAUCUCUUGCUUUGAGGUAAUUUGAAUUUUAUGGUGCCAUUGGGUUUCUUCUAACCUGGGGCGGCUAAGUUUCUGGUUAACUUGGGGGUUGUUCUUUUCUUUUCUUUUUGUUUCCUGAUAAAUUUGUAAUGGGUGAUGAAAUCUUUGAUGCAAUGAACCUUGACUUGAAUCUGGGUCCUAUUCCAGAGCCGCUUUCGAACUCGGUUCUUCAAAUUGAAGAUGUGAAUUUAGCUGAUUUGACUGAGGAUCCUGUUCAUAGAUUUGGGGAAGCUAUCAGGUUUAGGACGAGACAGCGGUGGCGAAGGCGUCAAGUCCAAAUUCCUUCUGAGACUCAGAAUAUUACAAUGGAAUUGAGUGAAAUCAUGGUCAAUUCAGGCAAUGGGAAUACAUUGCAGCCAUUACAGGCUGGUGAGGGCAGUAUCACUGCUGAGGAAAGGAAGAACGAAGCGGGGAAAACAUGUGAAAUCAACAAUGAAGCUCUGGAAGAUGAAAAGACAGAGAAUAAGAGUGAUGUUGAAAAGGGCAGCGAUUCUGAUGGGAGUUUCUUUGAUUGUAAUAUAUGUCUGGAUUUGGCUAGGGACCCCGUUGUAACUUGUUGCGGUCAUCUAUACUGUUGGCCGUGCCUUUAUCGAUGGUUACAUCUACAUUCAGAUGCCAAGGAAUGCCCUGUAUGUAAAGGAGAGGUCACUACAAAAAACGUAACUCCAAUCUAUGGGCGUGGUGGUAAUACCCCAGUGACAGAGGAGGAUGCUACACUUAAGAUUCCUCUAAGGCCCCACGCUCGGAAAGUUGAAAGUUUGAGGCAAACCAUCCAGAGGACUGCAUUGAGUUUCCCAGUGGAGGAUAUGAUUCGUCGAUUGGGAAACAGAUUUGAUUUUAAUCGUGACCUUGACCAACCGCUCGAACCAGACAGCUCACACGAAACCUUUGGUAGAUCUCCAACCUUGUUGAAUAGGCUUUUAACAUCCAGGGGAAUUCGUAGAGAACAAAUGUCACUGCCCCCCCAUGAUGAAGUAGGAGAUUUAGCACACGCCGAUGUGUCUGGCAUUGAGACUGGGGAAACCCGUCUUCAGUCUCUCCCCGUGCUUCGAUCAUUACUACACCGGACAAGAGUUUCUUCUCUUACUUCUGCAUUUAACUCCGCUGAUAGGCUUCCAGAUGGUCUUCUAUAUACCGAUCCGCUCAUUCCUAGAAUUCAAGAGCAGCCUCCUCCACCUGUUGAGGAUAGAGAUUCAUUCUCUAGCAUUGCUGCUGUUAUCAAUUCAGAGAGUCAAAUGGACACUGCUGUAGAAAUUGAUUCCAUGGUCUCCAUUUCAACUUCAUCCUCCAGAAGGAGAACUGAUGCCUUACAGGUUUCUGAUGUCGACAGUGGAAACUCUCGGGCACCCAGGCGGAGAAGAUUGGCUUGAAAAAUUUUCGAUCUGGUCCUGAGACUGAUAAAUGAAUCAGGACUACAGUAUUUCAACACCUAUGUAAGUGCUACUUGGAUCUAUUUACCUUUUCACUCAACAAAAAGUAAUGACUCCUGCUUCGACAAUGGACAACACAUCGUCGAUAUUCAACUUUCUUCAUUUUACUGUUUAUCGUUCGUGAAUUGAAAAUGUAGGCAUACUUCGAGAAGCAAAUAACUAGUAAUCAAGUAAAGUACUGUUCUUUAUCUCCUCCAUUUGUAACCUUCGAUGCAUCAAAACCUGAGUUCAUCAUUUUCUUACAAAUCCAUGUCUUCUAUGUUCUUGA